UUUGAUUCGACACAUUGGUUUGACCAAUCAACCGUGAGCUCUCUUUUAUGUCAGCCAAUCAGAUGCGUCGUUCCAACAGAAGGCAGUGGAACGUCAAAUUCGCGGGAGAAGAUGAUGCAUGUUACCUUCACGUUGUUGCUGUUGUAGUUAACGAGUCAUACUUUUACAUUCAAAUGAAUAAUUGCUAAUAGCAGUCAUUUUACUGGUAUGGCUGAUAUUUUGGGAGUCGUUUUCAGACGGUUUGCACCAGGAACUGGAACGAGUGGUUUGGUAUUUCCCUCUCGUGUAGAAGGCAACACGUUAGUGCUCGGGGACGUAAACAUCAGGAGAUCUGUGCUAUUCCUCUCCGCCGUGAUCUCUGCCACAGAUCUGGGGCUCAAAGUGCUGUUUUUCACACAGACCCCUUUUCAGUCUCUACCGGUUUCUCUGAGGGCUUCAGUACCUGGACUAAAACUAGAGAGUCUUAAGAAUGUGAAGUUUGUGUAUGUGAAGACUUUGGAGGAGCUGGUUGAGGAUGUGGCGUCUCUUCACGAGCUGGCGUCCGAUGCCGCGUCUCCUCCCUCCCUGAUCAUCGUGGACGGUCUGGAGAGGUAUUUGCAAGGGCCGCUGCAGGACGACCCGGGCCCUGUGGCUCACGUGGCGGCCCUCCUGCACGACACCGCUGCUUUCCUCACGCAGAUCCUGCAGAACAGAGCAGACGGCCAGGGCCUGUGCAGGGUCAUGCUCUCCUUUCAGAGUGAGUGUGAAGGCAGUCGGGACAGUGAAGUCCCUGAUCUUCUCCUCUCUGUUCUGGACCGUUACCUGCAGGUGAGGUGCACCUUUGAGGAAAUAGCGGGGCAGAAUGAGUGGCAGGUGUAUCUGUCAGACACGUGUCCUUCGUCGGCCCAUCAGGGACAGCAGUGGCACAUGGGGCUGCAGGCAGGAGGGGUUCUGGAGUUUCGUCCGGUCAUCGGUGAGGAACAGCAGAUUCUGGACCAGCGGGACAAGAGCAAACAGGGAAAUGAGAGCAAAUAAAUGUUCAUAUUACAAUAUAACCAAUUUUUAUUUCUCAGUUCGACCAGCUAUACUAGAUUUAUAGGAAUGUUAGUGUUUACUUGUUAAUUUGACAAAGUAAUAUAAAAUUUAACUAAAUACAGAUAUUUUGCAUG